GCGACCUUCUGGGUCAUCAUAUAUCAAUUGUGACAGGUUUGCGAUUCUGCAAACGCACAUUACGCAUUCUACAUUUCCGUCACCUGGAAAUGGGCCGUGUUACAUCUUCUGCUGCCUUCUCGGCGCUCAUCUUUGCCGUCCUCCUGCAGUGCAUUGCUGCUGUGACUCCAACUCCCGCCACGACGGCUACGUUGACACAGACCGCGAACGACUUGUUUGCAUCUGCCCAAGGCAUCACAUUUGGCCCAGGGCUCAUCGCGUCGGCGGCAAUCGUUGGCGGGGUGUUCGUGGCGUUGUGGGGAUACAAGCUGUUCCGUCCAGUCAUGUUCUUGAGCGGGUUUGCCGUGGGCUCGAUUCUAGGAUACAUGUUGGCGGAACGUUUCUUCAACGAGGAAACGUACUUUCAAACGGCGGCGUGGAUCAUGUUUGUCGUGCUGGGACUGAUCGUGGGCGCGACCGUGAUGAGCAUCUGGGCAUGGGGAGUCUUUCUCGUCGGUGCCGCGGCCGGAGCUCUGCUCGGCUUCCACGUCAACACGUCCUUUGGCUACCUCAUCUACCCUUCGAGCCCCGAGACGAGUUUGUGGAUUUGCGUGAUUGUCCUCGGUCUCAUUGGCGGCUUCCUGGGUUCGUGGUUUGAACGACCUGCGCUCAUCGUGGCCACCAGCUUCUUUGGCGCCGCGGCCGCCGUGUGGGGCGUCGGGUACUUUGCCGGCAACUUCCCAAACAGUCGCGAGCUAGACGUGUGGCGCAGCGAAGCUGCCAACGGCUCGUUUUCGUACGACUUGCCCAAGGAGUGGUGGUAUUACCUCGCCGGAACGAUCGUGUUCUUCAUCUUGGCCGUGUUCUUCCAGUUCAACAAAUCCGCCCUGGGUGUGUUUCACCAGAACCCCAAGGCCAAACACGCCAACGCCGCCCCCGCCGACUACGCGACGCCGCAGCGCGGCCAGCCCAUUUCCCAUGUUUAAGCAAUAAAAUGUCAAGUGCACACUGACGCAAGUGCUAUGUGUGGUGUCGAAAUAUAGCAGUAAAAGCUGCACCAUGACGACUUGGAGACUGGAUUUAGCUAUGUAAUACUACGUUGUAUAUAUUGUCGA